CGUCCCCCGUGGCAUUUUACACUUACAGCCAGUUUCCAAUUUUGAAUCCCUUUUACCCACUUAUCUUAAUGUACAUCAGCCUGCGCACGCGUAGAAAGCGCAAGUGCUGCAGAUACAGCGGAAAGUGAGGGAGCGUGAGUAAAGGCGGGGAGGGCGUUGAUGUGGAUGCACGGAGCUUGUGCGAACACGAUGCUCUAACCCCAUGAUGACGUAGGGGACGGCGCAGUAAGGUGCAUGUCGGGGAUGUAUGCACGAGAGAGGGUAGGACGAGUACCUGCGCGGCAGCUGCAGGGAGGGGAGGGGGGAGUGUGCAGUCCUCCGCCAAACUCCCACGGAGGAAACAGGGGAAAGACACAUCCAAAAGCAAUGUAUCAGCAGAAAAUCAUCCGAUAUUAAGACAUCUGAAUUCACCACAUGAAGAUUUUUUUCUCUCAAUCAAUUGCAACUUAAAAUCCAACAUGUCCGGACGUAAAACCUCAGUUUAAUUAUUUUACACCACCCCCUUUUUAAGAAGACAACGGGGAUGCUCAGGGGUCGGAUCUAAAUGAAGACAACCUUCGUACUUUGUCCACAUGCCCAGGCUCGCUCCUCCGCCUUCUCUCAGGGCCGUCCCACGCCAAGUUGCGGUCGGGAUCUCAUAGGCGGAGGCGGCGUGAUCGCUUCGUAAUUUUAACGCGCUGAAAUGCCGGGACGCGGAGGAGAAAAGGCAGCCCACCCGGAGGCCUAACGCGUCCGCCGUGAGUCUGAGCACCGCUGACACGGCCGGGCGCUGCUCCCGGUACCGCAGUGCUAAGGUGCUAGGAGGGAAGGACAGUCACAAAUACAGGCUGGAUAGUCACGUAAAUAUGCACUGUAGUAAGUGUGAGCGGACACUGCGGAUAAUGGUCGUAAACUCGACAGCGGAACUCUGUCUUGAUCAUAAUGUGUUUUAACUAACCUGCGUUAGAAUAUAGCAGAAAUAGUGUGUGCGCGUGCGUGUGCGCGCCUGCAUGUACUUACGGCUCACUCCGGGUGUCCCGGUUAUCUGUGGCAGUUGUGUUAUAAAAGCCAGAAACGUCAAUGAUGAGUUCAGAAAGUACGUGAAGGUUUUUGUCUGCGCCUAUAUCUUCAUGUUGGGAGUCUGCUUCUGCAUCAUUUACAGCUACAGGCGUGCUCUCCUGCUCCUCUGUCAGCUUAACUUGUGCACUUCGUUAAGUCUUGAUCUGCUGUCCGGUUUUCAAGUCAUUCUUCCUUGCACUGCAUUUCCUCUUUUAAGAGCCUUUGCACUUAGACUAGUCAUUGCAUAGUGAUCUAACUGGGCCGGGAUGCCCUCCUUGUCCGAGUCCAGUAGCGUGGCCUCAGCCUCGGGGUCCAGGGCCGUGUCGGGGAGCCGCAGGGGAAUCUCUGGCCGGGGUGGGGCGCGUCUCCUCCUCUACCUGGGCUUGUGUCACCUGGGCCUGGGUGCCAUGGUCCUGGCGUUCAGCUUCACCAGCCUGGCCUUCACGUCCUCGCCACGCGUACGGCAGUCCUGCCCAUUCUGGGCCGGCUUCUUCGUGGUGGCCUCAGGACUGGUCGGUGUGGUGUCCUGGAGAAGACCACUAACUCUUGUGGUGUCGCUGUUCAUGCUCCUGUCGGCCGUGUGUGUCAUCCUCAGCCUUGCGGGUUCCAUGCUCUCCUGCCAAAAUGCACAAAUGGUCAAGUCCCUGCAAGCCUGCCAGGUGGAGAAAGGCUUAUGCUGGUGCUGCCAGACGGGGGGCACCUGCUCCAUGACGGCGGACCCUUUGGUCCUAUACCAGCACGCCGAAUGCCACUCUGUCCGUCACCAGUUGAAGGACCUGCUGUUCAGCGCUUGCAGCCUCAGCAUCCUGUCCACCAUCAUCUGCACGCUCUCCACGGUUACCUGCAGCAUACACAUCUUCUCGCUGGACCUGCUGCACUUGCUGGUGCCUCACCGCUCUCGCUCGGUGAAUCCCGAGUGCUCCACCCCGCAAGACGCCUUCCUCGCCAACGUUGUGGACUUUGAGGAGUUUGUGCCCCCGAUUCCACCCCCCCCUUAUUACCCCCCGGAGUAUACCUGCAGCUCAGAGACGGACGCACAGAGUAUCACAUACAAUGGCUCCAUGGAGAGUCCUGUGCCGCUGUAUCCCACUGAUUGCCCCCCUCCCUACGAGGCUGUCAUGGGGCAGCGGGCAGGCAGCCAGGCAACGGUGUACGACACCCAUGUGACCGAGCUGUCAGGCGAGAGGGGGACAUCAACGGCGUUCAGCGGUGAGGUAUCCAUGGACAGCGGCUCACUCCUCAUGUCGGAGAUUGUGGACAUACCCGACGACAGCUCCCCGUCAGAGGAUUCCUGCCUGCUGGAGGUGGGAGUGGCCAUGAGGACACGUGUGGGCGGGGCCGGAGGCGGGGCUGGGGGAGAUGGUGGCGAGUACGUCAGCUUCCACUGCCCCCCCCAAGGGCAGCAGCUCCCCGAGAGCCCCAUUGUCUGUCUGCCGCCCCACCGCUUCUCCAGAGGCGAGCGCUCCAACUCCUGCUCGUCUCCCAGCAGCUCGGCUGACGCCCCCUACAGGUCCCCUGUCCUCCGUCACCAGGCCAUUCUGGCCAGUAGCUGCUCCCAGCUGGAGCUCCUGGCUGUCUCCGGCUCCCCUCGUUCCUCCAUUCCGGAGAUCCGCGUGCGGCCCUGCACGCCAAGCCGUCACAGCUCCGACUCGUCCUCCGUGCCCAUGGGCACUUCCGCUACCUCCACGGCCGACCACGCCAACGGCCCCCCGGCGCUACUCCUGCCCCCGCCCCCCCGCCGCGGUGUGGCCGCCCGCAAUCGCCGGGACCGGGACUCACUCAGUCCGCUGGUGAGGUCCCACAGCGAACCGGGCCUGAACUCGUCAACUGACACGGGUGACCUCAGCGGCUCGACAGGCAGCAAAGGCGUGAGUGAUGAGGUGUCACAGACCUCCUCUGAGACUGGUCCAUCUUCAGAGGCCUGCUUGCUGCCCAGGCCCUCAGUGGCAAUCUUCAGUGCCCUCCCCAGGAAAGGGAGCAUGAAAGCGACAGACGGGCCUCUGCCCUCCAAGCUGCCCCCCGCCACGUCCCUCCGGCUGCCCAAAGAUUGCGCCCGCUCUCUCGGGGACCUCAAGGUGACCAGGGUCUUAGUAGCCAGAUUCCUUCAGCGUUCCAAACGCAAUUUGGCACCCCCUAGUGAUCAAGCUGGGAAUGGUGGACAGGCAAUGAAGUGCAAGCCUCCCGGAGAUGCCAGCGUAGCAGGUCACCCGUUCGAGCAGGUCCUGCGCACCUCAUGGGGGUCCAGCAGGGGUCAGCAGUAUCAUCAGCAUCACCGUGGCCACCAUUCCCAUAGCGACAGCCGUCACAAUCGUCGCCGUAACAACCCGGCACAGCUGGAGGGCAUCCAUCUGCGCAGCUGCGGUGAUCUGAGCUCGUCCUCAGCAGCCUCCCUGCGCAGGCUACUCUCUAGGCCACACAGCUCCUCAGGAACACUGUACGUGGAGUCUGCACUUUGAGGGGCGUGCCCUCAGGACCCGGGAGUGGGGAGGGUGGUUUGAGGCAGGCAAGAGGGGCCGAGGCGGUACAACGACGGGGUGACAGACAGAGGAAGUGUUUAAGCGACAGUGUGGAUGUCACACCCUCAAUGUUUACCUUGGCCAAAAAACUAGGAAAGACAGAGAGUGGCUUGGAGAACGAGACAGGGAUGUCGAGGGAGCAAGACGUGUAGCCAAGGCUAUGCUGAUGGAAGUGAUGGAUGAAUCACUGGCAAAGACAUUUGAAAAAGACAUUCAGUGGAGAAGAAGACCGACUCUCUAACAGUACUCAUUAGCAGGGAGCAGGCCUAAAACGGACAGUCAUCCUUGCAGACUUUGAGAAUGUACUAGGCCUCUCCCAGUUACUGUGGUGCUCUUUCUUGUCCUGACCUCAGCCCGUGUCCACGCCCUCUGCCCCUCCUCCUCAAACCUGACAGGCUACCAGGAGCUUGUGUUGCACACGAAACCAAGCUGUCCACGCACUUCUGCUUUGUAACUGACUGGGUCAUUCCCUCACUCAGACGCAAAUACCAUCGUCUUCCACGUGUGACGGAUGCUCCUUUAUCCUAAGUGGCGAAAGGGAGCUGUAGGAUUCUUCCAGCGUGGACACGCUGGAUGCAAGGAAGCAUUUAUUCAAAGAAAAAUUGCAGCAUAUUGUGUGAACUGUGUCUAUAAGCCACUAAACCUAUUAUAGUGAUGUAUUUAUGAUUUGUUGGGGGUUUUAACUUCCACGGAUCCCUAUUCAGCUGCUUCAGGGGUGAAAGUCACUCUUUUUAGAGUAAAAGAGUUUGUUUUUUUCUCUGUUUUUAAAUGUUUUAUUUCUAUUUAUUAUAUAUUCAGAUUCAUUUUAAUCAUUUAAAAUGACUUCAUAAACUUUAAUCAGUCCAAGCCAAAGAGGCUUGGUCGUUCAGUUGCUUCCUUGUGGCUGAGGUUGUACCCCUAUAAUUAAAGGUUCUUCAGGUGAGACCCUACUCUCAUUGUAGGGUACUGAGAAUGGUUUGAUGUUACUCAAAGAGUAAGUUUCUGUAACAAGACUCCCAUUGCACAUCAGGUCUGGUCACUCCGCUGUAGAUUACAUUAACUGUUCACCCGGCUGGCCUUUAACCUACAACCAGUCAUACACCUGGGUAUUUACUAAGGAGAUUAGGAAAAAGUAGCGUCUUGGUAGUCUUCAGCAACAAUCCAAAAAAAAAAUGAAACGCAAACUGCAAAGUUUACACCUCAGUUUACUAUCUGCACCUUGGGAAUGACUUUAAAAUGUGGCUGUCUGGAACAUAAAAUAUCUUGAAUUCCUUUUAUGAAUGCAUGCUUUGUAAAUCUGAAGAGGACCCAUGCAAUGGAAGUCCUGAUCCUAUGCUCCAUUUCUGGUUUUCCUGGUACCAGUCAGUUUGCUGUUGGACUGCAUUAUGUUUAGAAUGAUUCUGCAUGUGUUGUGACGUUUUAUAUUUAUAUAUAUAUAUUUUCUACUAGCACUCGAUCAAAGGAAAAUGUGUUGUCCUGUUGCUAUGUAGAGGAAAGGUCUGUUGUUGUCUUAAUAGCGCGGCACCUUGUGUCAUAAUGCACGUCUGCUCAGAAGUCAAAGGCUGUGGCAGUAAGUAUUUACAAAUGUAAGUAGACUUUAGGGAGUCCACAGCAGACAGCGAAAGGUCUCUGUUUUCAGGAUGUGGAUACUAACACAACUGGACUGUAAUUAUUUUCAGGACUACAUUGUGAAGGAGCAGGGUUUUUUUGUUGUCAGUAUGAAUAUCCAAAGAGUACAACAAAAUGACGUUUUGUUUGAUAAGGGUCACCGUUGGAUUUCGGUGAAUCUACACCUGGUCUUCCUUCUUGGACACAGUGCCAUCUGCUGGUGGUCACUGAACAUGCAGCAGCUCUCAGUAACAUGAACAGGCACGAUUGCAGGUUUAAUCAGGUUGAACUUGGGAGAGUUAAAAUGGACCUUUAGUUUCUACCUCCUGUCUUGCACACUGAAGAGAAAUUUUAAAUAGUAUGGCUAUUCAUGGUAGGCCCUGGAUUCGCUCUCAGAAAUAUGAUGCAUAAAAAUUAUUUAAAAUGGUUCUAUUUCAAGAAAUUUGAAAGCAAAUUAUGUAUAUACACACAGUGUAUAUAUAAACACAUACCAACACCUAUAAAUAUCAGGAAUAUGAAGUUGGAGUGUU